UAAUUUCCUCUGUCAUGUCUGAGAAUGUGGGAGAUACACCAACUGUAUUUACAGCAUGAAAGGGAUUAGUCUUUAAAGACCUGUAGAGGUAAUUGUGUGCAUGUGGUGUGCACCUUAAUGUCAAUAUUAGGCUUUCAACCUUAAGCAGUGUUUACACUGAAGUAAAUCUACAGUGGGAAUAUGCUGGUUGUUGAUAUUUGAUUUUAUAGCGUCCGUGUCUCCUGUGUAGACUCUCUUAAAUCAUUAUAAUUGCUUUUUUUAUGUUGAAAAGAUAAUUUCAUAACCCAGGUAUUGGUUUGGCUGUAUCUAUAAAGCACUCUUCAUGUGUCAUCGACCACUCACAGCACUUUGCUGCCCUGCCCGAGGAAACGUCGGCACGCGUACUGGAGGAGCCGGGGAUGGAACCAUCGACCUUCUGGCAUGAGUGCACGGCGGCAGUGGGCCGCUCUCGGAUUGACAGAAGAGUCAUUGAGGAAGAAUGAUUCUGAUGAGAUCGAAAGGGGGGUAAAAGCAGACAGUCCCUGCGGAGCACUUCCGUCAUCUGUGCGAGGCUGUUUGGAAACAAGGCGGCAGGUUGUGUGUUUGGCCCUCACAGAAGUUUCACGUUCCAGGCCAUAACAGCCAGCAGUGACCCAGGAUCAGUGUCUCGCCACCUGGUUCCCCCCUGGUGGAGUGACUUGGAAGAGGGAGAGUGACACAGAGAGGCGUACCAGAAUAGAAGGGAAUGGUGACAGCACCUGCAGACGGACAGACUAGGACAGACGCCGGUUACAUCCGGGACACUUCCCUCCCCUUGGCGGAGAGAUCCAGACAUCACACCAGGAAGUGCCGCCCCAGUCGGGCGACCGCUCUCCACUGAGCAGCAGGCUCCACCUACUCCGCCCAAGUGGCUCCGCCUCCUCUGCUCAGGGAUUGCUGAGUCCCUGAGUCGACGCAUUGCAUUCUGGGAUAGUCUGGAACCCUCUAAAUGGGCUGCACCCCCCUCUGACAAACCAGGGGGGUCUGGAGGAGUUCUGUUGAAUGAGGUUUGUGCUGCGUGUGGGCAGGCUUGCCUUUGCAAGGAAAUGAUUCCGCAUGAAGUGCGACGCACUCGGCCCUCCGUCGUCCUCGGCGGCAGCAGCAGGUGUGAUGUCGUAACGGUCUCCCCCACCACACUGAACUCAACCUUCAGACACUAAAGGCCCCUGGACCGAACAGCACGCCCUACCCCUCCCCUUUAACGACCCCCCCAUAUCAUCGUCUCCAUCUUUAAUGCUUCUUCACCUGUUCCUCAGGGCCUGGAUUUUCUUCGUGAAAUAAUCAACGGCCUUGGCUGAACUGGACAGGAAGAAAAAGAGAAACAAGUUUAGGAAGGUUCAUUUAUAGCUAAUUAAAGUGAGAUUGAGGACAAAACAUCAAAAGUGGGGAAACGAGAAAGGCAAGUGAAAGAGAAAGUCAGUGAAAGGGGGCACAAAGGAUAAAGAAGAAGCUGAAGAAGUCCAAAAGUUGAGGAAAGAUAACGCAAGUAUAGUUGAGGGAGGAGAGGCGCAAUCAUGAAGUCCAACCAGGAACGCAGUAAUGAAUGUCUGCCCCCAAAGAAGAGGGAGCUCCCCUCAAGCACUUUACCCCCUGAAAACCGUUCAAUCACCAUGCCACCCGCCAGUGACAGUCAACGCACAGAGAACAUGGCCUGGCUUGCCAGUGUGGCUGGUGGGAAAGAGAGCAGUGUGGUCGGGCACCGCAGCUCCAGCCAGUCUGAUGGGCCCCUGUAUAAAUCCCUGUCCUCAACAUCAGACUCUUCAUCCUGCUCUUCGUCACUGAGGCUGGUCUCGUCUCUUCCUACAAUUUAUACAUCCCCCUUGUCACAAACAACAGUUGGCGGAACUGUCCACUACACCCAACUGCCUCCCAAUCUGCAAUUUAUAGCCUCACCUUACACUGCCCCAUACACAAGCUACAUCUCCCCUCAACUGCUCCCACCUCCUCCUCCACCUCCCCCCCUCUCCUCGUCCUCCUCUUUGGCCACUCAGAGACACUCACACACAGAGACAGCCUCUGCUCCUUUGCAGGCUUUCAAACAUGACCAGCACAGAGUGUCCUCUGGGCGGACCUCCAUGCCGCCGCCUUCUACAGACCCCGCCUUUCACCAUGUUCAGAUGUCAACUUCCCCGCGGACUGUUCCGUCGCCUCAUCACCAAGGCAGCAUUCACUUUUCUCCCCAGGCACUGCACCACCACCACCACCACCACACCAUGGGACAUGGAAUGUCCCAGGUUUUGGUGCAGUACACAGACGGCUCCACUAGAAAAGAGGAAGGUGGCUCCAGACCCAGAGAGCUCCACAAUGGAGAGCUCGAAAGGGGCCGGCGGUUUGGAGUACCCCAUGACUCCAUCCUCUCCAAGUCAGGAAGCAAAUCACGGGAUGCAACUCAUUCUUUGUCCUCAUAUGAGCCCCACCAGCUGGUUCUGCCAUCCGAUUACUCUGCUUAUGAUCCCUCAGGGCUGAGAACCUCUGUUAUGCUAAUGCCCAACAGCCAUGGAGACCACCACCUGGUACCACCCAGAGCCAGCCCUGAGAAGCUGACAACCUCUGCCCCCACACACCUGGAAAAAGGUGGCAUCAUCCUGGGCAAGCCUGUCAAUCGCACCUCCUCCUGCAACACCACGUCCUCGUUCACGUUUCCACCCCCUUUAAGAGUAGACAGUCUGAAAGCCGCUGUCAGCACGUUGCCACCCCAGACCGUUAUCCAGACCACCCACAGCGCUACAGAGGCACUUUCAAUGGGCCUCCCCUCCACCAGUAUCUAUCCCCAGCCACCUAUCAUUGGUUACAUCGCAGGGGGCAGUGGGAGCCAGCAUACGCCAAUCAGCUACCACACCAGCCUACAACAACACUUACUCAUUCCUGGUGCCCAACCAGUCAUUAUCCCGGUUAGCGGAGGGGGAGUCACCACAUUGGAACCCGUAACCUCCCAUGGGACAUCAUCUACCCAGGCCACAUCUUUUCCUAGUGCACUCCCACACACGUACAUUGCUGCCACUGCUCCCAAAGGAGAAACUCUGGAAACCUCAAGCGGCUCGUACCACCAGGCCGCUUCAGGUGCGGUGGUCCAAGCCCAGCUUCAUCUCCCCAUUGUACCCACGGCAACAGGGUUGGUUGCUUCUUCUGCUCCUCCUCCCCCGUCCAGUGCGGCAGUGCCUCCCUCACUCCCCCCAUAUUUCAUCAAGGGGUCCAUCAUCCAGCUGGCCGAUGGGGAGCUGAAACGCGUGGAGGAUCUGAAGACGGAGGACUUCAUCCAGAGUGCUGAGAUCAGCAGUGAGCUCAAGAUCGACUCGUCCACGGUGGAGCGCAUCGAAGGCAGCCACACCUCACCCAACGUUGCUGUGGUGCAGUUCUCUGUCGGUGAGCACCGUGCACAGGUGAGUGUGGAGGUCAUGGUGGAGUAUCCCUUCUUCGUCUUUGGCCAGGGCUGGUCUUCGUGCUGCCCGGACCGGACCACCCAGCUCCUGGAGCUGCCUUGCACCAAGCUUUCUGUCGGCGAUGUCUGUAUCUCACUCUCACUCAAGAACCUGAGGAACGGAUCUCUGAAGAAGACCCAGCCCCUGGAGCUGGCCAGCCCUGCCUGUGUCCCGGCCUCCUGCCACGGGCACCUCAAACCCCCCAGAGCUGCGUCAGACGCUCCCCAGAGCUGCAGUGGAGGAGGCUCCAGGCACGGCGAGCGGGAGAACGGCAUCAGCCAGCGGGGGUACGGUGGAAGUGGCAAUGGGAGCGCAGGCGGCACCAAUGUGGAAAACGGGGAUCUCGCGUUUAGGGAAAGAGGGUCCCUUUCUAAAGGUCAGGUCGCCAGCAUCGCAAAAGCUGGCUCCAGCAAGCCAUCGGCUGGCAGGAAGCGGAGGUGGUCGGCCCCUGAGGGUCGGAAAGUUGAAAAAUCGGAAGAGGAGCCGCCUCUGACCCUCCCCAAACCUUCCUUCAUCCCUCAUGAGGUGAAAGUCAGCAUCGAGGGAAGGUCGAAUAUUGGCAAGUGAAGGCUCACACACUGUUAAUAACCCCUGGGAUUUUGGAGACAAAAAAAAUCAUAAAAGGAUUCUUCAAAGAAAAAAAAAUCAUGAAUGCCCACGUUAAUGUUUCAUGUCUUGGUUUUUAAGUUUUUUGUUUUUCUUUUUUUCUUUCUGUACUGUAGAGGUUCAUUUACCCUACAUGGUAUCACCUUACAUUAAGUCCAUGCAGUUUAUAACACAUUUAUAUAGGUGGAUUCGCUGUCACACAAGCAACCAGUGCCGUUUUGGUGGUUUUCAUGAGAUUACUUAAGGUGAGAGAUAUGUGAAGUGUGCUAAAUGUUUGCCGGUGAUGUGUGGCACACCAGAGCAAUGCCUGAUGACUCCACUCGUCUAAAUGUCAAAAUUGAACUUGGGCACAGUUUCGACGACAGGGAUGUCACUGUCUUCAGCACUGCCGGCGAGGCGGCCUGGAUGGGAACUCGCUCCCACCGCCUCUUGCCACGCUAGUGGUCGUACACUGGACCACAGGAGAGAUAUUAUAUCAGCUGAUCCUGAGCAUGAUGAAGCCUAAAAGUUUUGAAUUGCUAAAUUCGAAUGGGGGUUGGGAAAGUUUCAUGUGUGAGGUCACAGUGUCAUCGUAAUGUGCCAGACCUGACCUGUGAUGUCAUCAAGUAGUGCCAGUGUGCUGCGCAACAGAGAGGGAACAGCACUUGCUCUGUUCAGUUCAGUGCCAGUGGAGCCUUUACUUUCAUCUCUACCAUUUUAGUUUUGAUUUUUAUCAUUUUAUUUUUACUUAGACCCCUCGUCUUCUAUCUCUGCAGUUAUUUGUUUUCAUUGAUUGUCAGAAACCUUAAUCAGGGGUCGGUUAGUACCAAAUUGAACCUGCGUGGGUCAUUUCUCAUACAUACGAGUUCAUACUUCACUUUGAGAGAAAAGUUAAGAGGAAGAAUGCAAACAAUCCUCAUGGUUUUUUGAUUAUCUACUCUCUUUUUAUUUUUAAGCAGAAAGGCUGUGUGGGAGGAACUGAGAGAAUCUGCAUGUCAGUUCCGAGAGGGUCAGGAUGAUUCAAAGCAUUUAACACACCUGUCACACUCACCAUACGGCCGGCAAAUUUUACUCUUUAUUACGCAGUACUGUAUGUUUUUAGAUUUUUUUAAAAAACAUCAUUUUUUUGUUUAGAGAAGGGUAGAAAGUAGCAACAGCACUUUGGAACGGUCAAGCUUUUUUGGAGAUGUGAAGGGGGCGUGGGAACGGAAGUGCCAAGGGACGCAUGACGGGUGUCGGAAUAAAAUUCCUGGCUAGUAGGAAGCAGGAAUACGGUGGCUUUCAGCAUGUGCGCUCUAGGAGCGAGCUGGCCACGCGGGAAAAAAAGUCAGGGAAAAGUGUUAGGAAUGUGUUGCAGAGCGUUUGAGAUAAUGGCAUAAAGAUUUACAAAAGGAAAAGGCUUUGAAAAUAUCCCGACGAUGUUCUGUACCAGACCGAGAGCAGCGAUUAGAAGCUCACGCCACAGAGUUCUGAAGGGUGUCAUAUAUUUGUAAUGUACGUGUGUGUGUAUGCUAGAGUGUGCGUGAUGCUGGUCCGUGUCUGUCCAUAUACACACACACACACACGCUUGCACAAACACAAAACAGUACAGAACAUCUCUGAAACUCAAUGGCUGACAAUAAUACUGUAUUUGUUGGCGCAUAUUGUCCCUACUGCGAAGACACAAGUGGACUGACGCUGGAUGAAUGCACAGUGUUCACUGUUCUGUGUAUGUGCGUGAGUGUGUGUAUGAGUAUACUGUGUAUAGGAAAAGGACAUACUCAUUUGAUAUAUAGUCAAUACUAAAUGUCCAGUGUUUCUACUUGGAGUCUUUUACUUAAGAGAAUAUUGCAAUUUGCACAUCAGGAGGAGGGAGUUUGGUGGAGACAUGAUGAUUUUUAUUAUUUUUUUGACGGCCCUGUCCUGAAAGGAGCCCCAGACCAUGCAACACACUGGAGGAAACCAGGGUUUUAGAUUUUUUUUUUCCUUUUUUUUUUUUGUUCCUCAACAGGCACUCAUAUAUCGCAUAUAUCAGAGGGAAAAGUUUCUGCACCGGCGCAGUCAAAUUAUCCAUUCGGGGUUUUGUAGCGAACACGGGUGUAGCUGCAAACCAGAAUUUGAACACGUGCCUGCCUACUGAAUUUGUUUAGAGAUGAACCGUGCCGUGUGUCUCUCGAGGAGACUCGCUCUCCCCUGCUGUUGAAACCGAGGCGUAGGGCUCAGUUCUGAACAACACGGCCUGUCCGUUCAAGCCAGCUGAAAUCCUAUUCUUUGCUAAGAUGUAGCAGUUACCUCGACAGAUGUGCCCGCGGGGUUCACCCACUAUUUAGAGGCCCCGUAAGCAACCGGGUCAGAGGUCGUCCGUAGUCCCGUUCAUUUUUGCUGAGUUUGACCUUUGAAGUGUAAUGUGAAGUUUGUAAAGACCCUUGAGCAGAUGGGUGAAAUUCAAAUAGACGGCAGGAAUGUUUUAUGUUUUAAUUCAAACAUUCGAGGAGAACGGCAGUUUUCUUGAAUGGAUCGGUGACGGUGGACACAUGGCAUAUGGAAUGGAUGGAAGUCACAUUCACCCUUUCACACACACACACACACACACAUUCAUACAGCACUGCUGUCACGCAUCAUUCAUGCACAUUCAGGAGCAAAGUGGGCGAGGACACCACACGGACUAGAGGAGCCGGGGGUCAAACCAUCGACCUUAGCCGCGAGCCGACACGUGUCCUGGGAUUCGUCAUUGUGCGAUCGCAGGGCUCCAUGUAACAGUAUAAGUGUUCCUCCGCCGCCGCAUGUAACGCCAGUUAGCUUAGCAUGUACCGGUUGCUGUUAAGGAUGUGGAGAAGUGCGAACUUCCCGCAGGCAUAUCUGUUGACUCUCCUACCCGGCCUCUGUGUGUAGGCAUCGUUUUAUGUCAGGGGUGUUUGUUUUCUUGGCAGUGUCGUGGAUGGCGGUCAUAUUUUCAUCCCACUGAUCAUCUUGAGCUGGAGGAUAAGUGUCCGUGUUGGGCGGCACUUGUUUCAGGUGGUGGGAGUUUUACCCGGGUGAUGGCAGGAUCGACGUGUGCGCCGACGGAUGAGAAACGGAUGGUAAUGGUGAGUGAAUGAGUGAGAACCCAUAUGUGUUUUGAAAAUGCUUUAUUUUAUUUUUAUUUUUUUAUAAUAGACAGGGUUUCUCAGAUUAACACCACCACAUUAGUGCUUUUUUUUUUCAUUUCUUCCUUUUCCUAUUGAAACAUCACAAUCGUCUGUUGUAGAUAUUGUAGCGCGUGCAAGCAUGCUUUGAAUUCUGUGUGCGAGUGUGUGUGUGUGUGUGUGUGCGCGGGGCUGUGUUUUGUAAAUGUACGUACUUGUCCUUGUUCUUCUUCUCUUUUCUCGUCCAAACCCCCUUCCCGACAAAUGAAAAGGCAAAACUGCAAAAUCCUAAAUAAACCUGCCGGCCACUCAAAGCAUCAAAACCUUCAGGUUCAAAACUAAAACAAAAGAGACAUUUUGAGCCAAAGCCAAGUGACGCUGUCGUUGCUUUGGCUACUUAAGAGCAAUAGUGUGACAAUAUUCAGCCACUCUCCUCUUGUGUGAGUGGAACACACACAUACCUGUACACACACACACACACACACACACACACACACAGAGUAAUUCCACUCAACCUCUCUGCAAUAAACAAUAAUAAUCUUCUAGCAUUACAACCAAAAAAUUCCUCCUUUCAGCCCAUCACGAAAACACAACUCUAUCAUGCCCCCCACUCAUCACCCAAGCUCUUUAGAAAUUGCAGUCGCAACACCAGUUGCCAGGUUUCAGGGAAGUGUCUCGUAUAUGCAGUAGCUGAACACAACCCACCCGUACCUCCGCUGUCCUCCGCUGGUCAGAGUCAUAAACUCUGUUCUCGCGCUGCAGGUGAGCAACAUGUCACCCCCCCCCUCCUCCCGCAGUGACCUCGUCAACCUUGUUUCAGGUACCCAGUCACAGCCAGCCAGCCUCACGAAGCACCGCCUCCCGGGGCACGGCGAUGGAAUAAGCCCUCGACAACCGUUAGCUACCUUUCAGCGCGGCGCCGGCCUCGGACCGCCCGCUCCCCUACGUGAGAGCAUCGUGUGUUGUUGACAUUCGGCCUCCUCGUCACCGCUAUAGCUCAUGCAGGUCAUAAUGUGUCUGCAUGCCCUAAUGAUAGAUGUUGAAACAAAGCAAUCGGACGUGUGGACGCAGAGGGGAACAAGCGCCUCGCAGCAACCUCUUUGUAAAGGGUUCGGUGUAGUUUUUAGUUUUGUUAAGAAAAAUCCCAGGUUUGACCUUUUGAUCCCCCUGACAUGUACCACGAUGUGCAAUACUUAUAUUUUUGUUUUCUUUUUUCCCCCCUAUGCUGUGCCAAGUGUAUGUAGCCUAGUCCUACUCCAGUGUCUCAUCCUUGUUGAUGGCUUGUGUAUUUUACUGUCUGCUGGUGCGCGUCUGUGUGUGUGUGCUUGUGUGUGUGUGUGUGUGUGCUCGUGUGUGUGUGCUCAUGUGUGCGUGCGUCACAUCUGUCAAACAUGUCGGGAUGUUUGUGAUCAGAAAACGAAAACCAAUGCAGAGUUUGUCCAUUCUUCUAUUUCCCUCUUGUCAUUGCGGCCUUCCUAAAUUUGAGUGUGUGAAAGACUGUUUCAUGUAUCUCCGAAUGUGUGUGCGUGUGUGCGUGUGUGUGUGCGUGUGUAGCGGAGUGUUUCCUCCUCUAACUGUGAGAUCAUAAACCCUGACCCUCGAUGGUUCACGGUGAGACCCACAGAGAAAAAAAAAGAAACCUCAUUGCUAGUGGGGACCACUUUUUUUUUUUGUAAAAAAGAAAGCAGUAGAAAAUAGAGAAAAAAGAAGAAAAAAAAACUACCAACCAACAGAGAUGCACAUGUAAGUAGAUGUAAAAGACUUGAUAAUGUUUCAGCACUUUCUAAUCCUAGGAUGGUCUCGGUCUAACCCCUCUGUCUCAGACCGACACCUUCCCCUAGGGGUAACAUUCAACAACAGACAGAGAAUGAGAGUGGGGGGAAAAGACGGGGGUGAAUAAGGUUGAAGAAAGAAAAAAAAACGAAGAAGAGAGGUGGCUCAGUUUAAGUUUUUGCACAUCACCUUGCCCUAACCUUGUGUCUGUCUGUCUGUGCUCCAUCUCACUUGGCGCCCGGCGCGUUCUUGGGUCCAACGGGCCGAGGUGUUAGGUGAUUUCCUUGGUUCUGUUUCUUUUAGGAAAACCUCUUGUCGCGGAAUGCAACCCCCUUCGUUUUGUUUGGAAUCUUUUUUCCACCCGAUUCACCGACCAGGCUGUGGCUGUUCCAAUUUCGGUUCAUUGUUUAUGUUCCACAUUUUUCGUUGUUUCUUUUUUUUAAUUCGGCCGACGUGUUUGUCAGGAGCUCAGCACAGCCUGGUUUGGUCGUGUGGUGUGAAAACGGUGCGUACAAACCUUUGCUCUUUCUUUUUCUUUUUUUUGUGCAUUAUCCUUGGUGCAGGAGCUUUUUGUGUGUGUGUGUGUGUGUGUGUGUGUUUUGGGUCUCCUUGUAGCACUCAACAUAAUGUCAGGGGACUUAAAACUAUGUAGAGAAUGUGUCAUUGUUGAGUGUUUAUGACAAGCUUCCUCACUGGAGGAACACUGCUAAUGUCUUUUUUUUUUUUUUUUUUAAUUGGCUUCUUGCACAACUUGACGAAUAAAAAUGAAUGUUGGUGUGUGAGCUUUGACUUUUUCGAUCUGAAAAAAAAAAGGCACGUGUGCUCUUUGUUUCUUGAUGUUUCUACUUUCAUUUUGCAAACAAAAAAAAAGGACGUGUUCUUGGCACUUUUGUCGUGUUUUAAAAAGUGAACAGAAUUCAAUCAGGAUUCCUUUUUUUUCAUUUCUUUCAUUCUAUUUUUUUUUCUUUCUUUCUUUUUUGUAUGAUGUCUCGUUAAAAUGUCCAUAGCGCUGGAUAACCAACUCAGGCAGAAAGAAAAGAAAAAAAAAAAAACACUUGUAGAGGCCCACUUAACCGUUUAGUUUGACCCCAAUCAAUUUACACGGUGGGCUGUUUGAUAGGGGUUAUAAGAUAUGUAAAUUUAUUACAUAUAAUUUGAUAUGAUUAACAAAGUUAACUAUGAAUUAUUAUUAUGAUAUUAUGUGUAUUAUGCUGGAGAUGGCUUGGUUUUCUCUUCAGUGUACUGGACGUCUUUAGUCCGCCUCUCUGUGCAAAGGCGACAAACACUUCAGCAGGGGACAGGCUGUACGCCUCGUGACCUCUGACCCUGCCAACUGCCACGGAGGGGGGCGGAGCUUAUCUGCCAGCUGUGGCUACAGUUGAGUCCUACCCCCCUAUUCUGAACACUCAGCCCUGGGGCUGGCGAACCAGUCUGUCGUCGCGUGUCUCUCUGCUGACCCGUCACACCGAGUACCGAACUGAGAUUUUGCGGCCGACGAGACGGCGGCAGAGAACCUGGAACAUCAGCGCGGACCUGCAUGGACAGGCUGGCUUUGCAAGGAGUGGGGGCUGCAGCAGUUCCCCGGCCAACUUGUUUGUACUAUAUUGUACUCACCAAGUCCCCGUGUCUCACAAAACCCCUUUUCCUCUAUAGCAAUGGAGAAACCCUGUUGGUGUAUGUAUUUGACAACUGUACAAAUGCACCUCUUUGAAAAAGAAAAAUGAAACCUUGACAUAUCUGGACUAAA